AUGGCGCCUGGUGAGCCAUCCUCUCCUACGUUUCCCGAUCGUAACUUUGCGCUAAGUCUUACAGUCAUUCGUGAUUCCCGUCCCAUCGUUAUCUCUGGUCCUUCAGGGGUUGGCAAAGGCACACUCUACAAGCUCCUCUUCCAAAGACAUCCCGACACGUUCACUCUCUCCGUCUCGCACACGACCCGUGGCCCGCGCCCCGGCGAGCAGGAUGGCGUCGACUAUCAUUUCGUCACGCGGGAGGCCUUCCUUGAGCUGAAGGCCAAGAAUGGCUUCGUGGAGAAUGCCGAGUUCAGCGGCAACCUCUACGGCACAUCAAAAGCCACGAUCGAGGAACAGAGCGCCAAGGGAAAGAUUGUCGUUCUGGAUAUCGAAGUGGAAGGCGUGAAGCAGGUUCGGGCAUCUGGUUUUCCCGCCCGCUAUGUGUUCAUCGCCCCGCCAUCCGAGGAAGAAUUGGAGAAGCGCCUCCGGGGGCGCGGGACAGAAACUGAGGCCUCGAUCCAGAAGCGGCUGCAGCGGGCAAAGGCCGAGUUGGAUUACUCUAAAGUUCCGGGCGUGCAUGACAGGAUUAUCGUCAACGAUGAUUUGGAAACUGCAUACAAGGAGCUUGAGGACUUCGUCUUCGCACCCCCACCAGCUGACGCUUAG